ACCUCUCCAUGCUGCCCUCAGCACCCUUAGUGUUGCCAUGGCCCUCAGCCCCCCAGCGCCACCAUCGCCCUCAUCCACCCAGCCCUCAGUGCCGCCAUUGCCCUCACCUCUCUAUGCUGCCCUCAGUGCCCUCUGUGUCACCAUAGCCCUCAGGACCCUCAGUGUCGCCAUCGCCCUCACCCACCCAGCCCUCAGUGCUGCCAUCGCUCUCAGCUCUCCAUGCUGCUGCCCUCAGUGCCCUCAGCGCCCUCAUGGCUCUCACCCUCGCCCCCCUCAGUCCCACCGCUGCCCUCAGCGUCCCCAGCGCCGCCACUGCCCUCAGCCCCGAGACCGUCCCAGCCCCCGCCGCCCCCGCCAUCACUCAAUCCCCUCAGUCCCGCCGUGCCCCUCAGCUCCCCGCCAGACCCCUCAGUGCCGCCGCUCCCUCCCGGCCGCCGCAGCCCCCGCAGUGUAGUACCGGCUACUGUGAAGUGAAGAAUGGAUGCCAGUAUCCGCACAACAAUCUGCCUUACAUUAAGAGACUAAUACAGAAAUUUGGCAACAGCGAGCAGAGCCCUGGCACCUACUGUCUGCUUCAGCCAGGACACGUCUAUCAAGUGUACCUUAUUUAUUUAAAACUUUAGGUUAAUACCUUUAA